GAGACAGUCUCUAAGAAGGAUAUUGGACCGGAUUGGGAAAAGGUAGACGUCGAUAUUUGGACAAAGACGAAAGAUGCAGAGAGAAGCAGGUAGGACUGGGAUGCAUCCAAACUUUUCGGUGUUUUAGAGUAUGAUAACAACAACAACAAAACAGUCGUCGUUCAUUUUGACUGGCCCAAGGACUGAGAACACAUGUGAGAGAGCUGAAGACCACGAUCUGUGCCAUGGAGACUGUAAGGCUCUGGUGAACAGACAGGUCAGACUAUCACGGUCAGAGUUGAUCAUUUAACCUCGGUGCCUUAGGACUAUUUGUACAGUAAUUGUGUCGAGCCAAUGUAAUGAUUCUAAAUCGAGUUCAUCUGUUCAGAACCGUACGAUAUCAAAUCUGUUUCUUCCCUUCCGCUGUGCCCAUGAUUUUCCCACAGUCAACAAUGACAGAGUCGCUUCAUUAGUCUUCCUCUGCAGCCGUCUUCCUCUGCUCCCCGUCCACAUGCGCGCGUCAUUGGGAGCGUCUCUUCGCCCGCUACUCCGUCCUCACUCCUGAUUGGACGCCCGGGUUUGACAGGGAUCAGGAGUCACCGCCCUCUGAGAGCGUGAAAAAAAAAACUCCUCCAGAAGUGAGUAUCAAUCAGAGAGGAGUUUAGGGGGGGAGACAGAAGGAGAAAAAGAAAGCAGCAGAGUGGACUCGCAUCCAAAACUGACCGCUGACGAAUCCGUCUGGACCCGAUCUCGUGCGUAAAAAAAACCCCGGGAUCAUGGCACAUUUGACGCGGCGUUUCUAGUCACAGUUGGGAUUACUCUGGACACUUGGUGAGUUUGCGCCACGCUGCAAACAAACACAUUCACUUUUGUUUGUUUGUUGUUGUUUUUGUUUUUUUUUAAAGAAGGGUAGUUUUAUUUGACUGCGCUUUUUGGACGGACGGACUUGUCUUUUUCGCCGCGUCCUCCCAAAGCCCUCUCUAGGGUGGAUUUUUUAGGAGAGAAAUGAGUGAGAGGAGGCGAUCUGCCGCAGCUCUGAGCUCAAGAGCCCACGCGUUUUCCGUGGAAGCCCUGAUCGGCUCCAACAAGAAGAGGAAGCUCCGGGGCUGGGAGGAGAAGGAGCUGGAGUUGUCCAUGGAGAGCCUCGGCACGGACGGAGAGGACGCAGCGCACUGUCUGGAUAUGGACCCGGACUCUGAGGCCAGUCCCGGCUCGGACGGAGAGGGUCUGGCCGAGAGGACGUCGUGCUCCUUUGGCUCUCCCGCUGACCUGGCCCCGGGCCCCUGUGAGCCUUCACCCCCGGCGUCCAUGGAGGAGAUCCAGAUGGAGCUGCAGUGUGCGGACCUGUGGAAGCGCUUUCACGACAUCGGCACCGAGAUGAUCAUUACCAAGGCGGGCAGGAGGAUGUUUCCUGCCAUGAGAGUGAAGAUCGCAGGACUGGACCCUCAUCAACAGUAUUACAUCGCCAUGGACAUCGUGCCAGUGGACAACAAGAGAUACAGAUAUGUGUAUCACAGCUCAAAAUGGAUGGUGGCUGGUAAUGCCGACUCUCCAGUUCCUCCACGGGUCUACAUCCACCCGGACUCACUGGCCUCAGGAGACACAUGGAUGAGACAAGUGGUCAGCUUUGACAAACUCAAACUCACCAACAACGAACUGGACGAUCAGGGACAUAUCAUCCUUCACUCAAUGCACAAGUACCAGCCUCGUGUCCACGUCAUCAGGAAGGACUUCAGCAGUGAGCUGUCUCCCAAUAAACCUGUACCCACUGGGGAAGGAGUGAAAACCUUUAGCUUCCCUGAGACGGUCUUCACCACCGUCACUGCCUACCAGAACCAGCAGAUCACCAGACUAAAGAUAGAUCGUAACCCCUUCGCCAAGGGGUUUAGGGACUCUGGCAGAAACAGGACGGGCCUGGAGGCCAUCAUGGAGACUUAUGCUUUUUGGAGACCUCCCGUGAGGACACUGACAUUUGAGGACUUCACCAACAUGCAAAAGCAACAAGGGGGAAGCACCGGCACUUCACCCACCACCUCCAGCACAGGAACCCCUUCUCCUUCUGGUGCUGCACACCUCCUCUCCCCCUCCUGUUCACCCCCCACCUUCCACCUGGCUCCCAACACCUUCAACGUGGGCUGCAGGGAGAGUCAGCUGUGUAACCUGGGCCUGUCAGAAUACCCAGCCUGCGCUCGCAGCAACAUGGCAGCCCUGCAGGGCUACGGCGGUCUGGCCGACGGCUCCUACGGACGCCUCCAGACCGCGGGGGGCGCUGUGGCCUCCGCUCAGCCCUCUGAGUCCUUCCUACCACAGAGGACUUCCUCUUUGAUUGCCGCCGGUAUGCAGGGAGGCACUCACGCGUCCCUCACCGGCGGCGGCGGCGGAAGCGGCACCGGGGGGAAGAUGGAAGCCUACGGCGGUCAGCUCGGGUCUUUUCCGGCUUCGCAGCUUCAGUACGUGAUGCAGGCUGGAGGAGGCUCCACCUCUGCCUCAUCCUCCUCAUCAGGAACCUCCCCUUCCUCCGCCCACAUGUUCAGCGGGGGCCAUCAUCACGUGCAGCAGGGCUCCUACAACGCCUUCUCCCUGCACAACCCUUACAACCUGUACGGAUACAACUUCCCCACCUCCCCUCGUCUGGCUGCCAGCCCGGAGAAACCUCAGGGAGGUCUGCUCUGCUCCUCGACUCCCGCCGGGGCCUUCGCUGAGCGCCAGUACCUGUCCAACGGAAGCAUGGACACUAUGCACAUGAUAGGCAACACCGGCGGUGGCCAGCAGGGCGGUGGCUCCUGCGACGGUCGGCAGUACGGCUCCUCAUCUCAGAUGUCCAUGCACAUGGUGUAAAAAAAACAACAAAAAACUGAGAGCCGUGACGUCAGAGCACUUCCUGUUUCUCUACAGACUUGGUUUCACAUCGAUGUUGUUUUUGCAAAGACGCCGGUUCACGGAGGUUCCUUUGUGAAAAUGGACACGGUCUCAUCGUUAAAAGACUCUCUGCCACUUACAAAGCCGGAAAGAGGAAGUCGAGGUGUUAUUUAAGUAUCUACAUAUAAAUGAAGUGUCAAACUGGAAAAAACAACUUGAUGAUCUUAAUGUUUCUGACAAUUAACCCAUCUAUAAACUGCUAUAAAAAAGGACGAGGACUGUGGUUCAGGAGGAGUUAUCAGUUGUGAAUAUGUAGCCGUGCAAUAGGAGCAAUGAUCUCUCGAAGUGACCCUCGAUCUCCAGGGACUGGUGAAAGGAGCCUGCGGUGAGAUCCAGAGGUUUUCAUGUCACAAGCACUUGUGUUGUUUCGAUUUUUACAAAUGUCAGUGGGGGGGUCAGGGUCAGGGUCAGGGUCAGGGUCAGGGUCAGGGUGGGUGGUUUGGGCCGGACUGAAAGGGACAACUGGGACAGAUUAACAAGUGACUCACCGCUCCACAUAUACACACAGCAGUGUGUGUGUGUGUGUGUCUCUGACAAUGGCAGGUCAGACACGCUGGUUUGUGUGGCAUACAGGGUGAAUGGAUGAAAAAGAAAAACUGUAGGUCAGAAACUCCCAGCAGCAGGUGUACACGACUCCAUGGACAGGACCGUCCAGGCAUCACUUCCCUCACAGACUGAAAUGACUUCACAAUUUG